UGUCGAUAUUUAUCUUGUUAACCUUACAUUUAGGUCUUUUUGAAAAUGGAAAAUUGUGAGACCUGUGUAGGCUUUGAUCUCUCUAAGAUACCACUGUCCUCUAUUGCUCAGAAGAUUAUGUGUGCUCUGCAUUCAGGUGAUUUAGUGGAUUCUAAGAACUGGGGAGAGAGUACAAAGAUUGUAAAACCAAUAAGCACAUCCAGUGUUAAGGAUGCAGUAAUACUUAAAGAUGGAAAGAAUCAAUCACUAGAGAAAAAGAAUCCUAAGUCUUUAACAGGCCAGACGUCAAGAGGUUCCACCAAGCCUUCUCCUCAUUCCUCCAGUACUGGGCUCACAGGUCAGCUGUCUGCUGAUCAAAAGCAGAAAAACAUCUCAUUGGCUUCUUCCAGGUGUUCUGUUCCACAUUUUGAUCAAGAGGCUUCAGACCUACAGAAAAUGGAGCAUAAGAAAAAGCAUUUCCUAAAUGAAAAUAUUAAUAAUGAAAAUAAGGAAAGCAUGAAUCUUAAAAGAAAACAUAUUAUGUAUAGUAACUCAUCAGAGAAAACAAAUAAAUACUUGGCAUUGGAAGAAAAUGCUGGUGAGGUUAAAGCACAGCUAAAUUCUGGGGACUCAAGAACCUUUAAAAAAUACCUUUGUGAUAUCAGGUAUUUGGAUGAUCAGUCAAAAAACCAACUGAUGGAAAUGCUCAAGCAGGCAGCUGCACUGGUAGUGACUCUAAUGUAUAAGGAUGGUUCCACCCAGCUAAUAGCUAACCAGGCUCAAACUUCCUCUGUUAAAGGAAUUGUGAUGUUACUAAAGAGUCAAGUGGACAACCUAGAGACUUUAGCCUGUGGUGCUCUUGAGGUGGGCUUUAUGUCCCAGGGUCAGUGUAUCUACAUACACAUAGAGCUUUCCUCUCUCUGGGGCCAAGAACAAGAAGCAUAUCAUCUGUUUGCCAGAAACGUGCUGUUCCAAACCCUGAAAUGUAAAUGCCCUGUUAUUUGUUUCAACGCUAAGGACUUUGUUAGAAUAGUGCUGCAGUUUUUUGGUGAUGAUGGCAGUUGGAAGCAUGUUGCUGAUUUUGUAGGCCUUGAUCCCAGAAUUGCCGCAUGGCUCAUAGAUCCCAGUGAUGGCACACCUUCUUUUGAGGACUUAGUAGCAAAACACCUUGAAAAGUCCUUUUCAGUCAAAGUGAGCAGCACAUGUGGCAAUUCCUCAAGUAAUAUUAAGAAUAAGAACAUAUAUAUGAACUUGAAUACACUCUACAGACUUACGAUGGACCUGUGCUCCAAGUUGAAGGUUCAUGGUUUAUGGCAACUAUUUUGUACUCUGGAAAUUCCUCUGAUUCCAAUUUUGGCAGUGAUGGAAAACCACAAGAUUCAGGUGAACAAGGAAGAAAUGGAGAGGACAUCCACACUUCUUGGGGCUCGUCUCAAGGAACUGGAGCAGCAAGCCCAUUUUAUUGCAGGAGAACGGUUUCUUAUAAUGAGUAAUAAUCAACUUCGAGAAAUCCUCUUUGGAAAGUUGAAGCUACACCUGCUGAGUCCAAGGAAGAGCCUUCCCAAAACAGGGCCACAGCAACACCUAUCCACUUCAGAGGCUGUGUUAAGUUCUCUGCAAGACCUUCAUCCCUUACCCAAGACAAUUUUGGAAUACAGGCACAUUCACAAGAUCAAGUCAACCUUUAUAGAUGGAUUAUUAGCUUGCAUGAAAAAGGGAUCCAUUUCCUCCAAGUGGAAUCAAACGGGAACUGUGACGGGAAGACUUUCAGCCACACAUCCUAAUAUCCAGGGUAUUUCCAAGCACUCAAUUCAAAUUGCUAAGCCUCUGAAUUUUAAAGGUAAAGAAGAUGAGACUUUCACCAUCUCCCCAAGAACCCUGCUUGUUUCCUCCAGGGGCCACAUCUUCCUAGCAGCAGACUUUUCACAGAUUGAAUUGCGCAUUCUUGCGCAUUUAUCUGGAGAUCCAGAACUUUUGAAGUUAUUCCAGGAAUCUGAAAGAGAUGAUGUGUUUUCUACCCUGGCUUCACAGUGGAAGGACAUUCCCAUGGAGCACGUGACGUACGCAGACAGAGAGCAGACCAAGAAGGUGGUGUACUCCGUGGUCUAUGGAGCAGGGAAGGAGCGGCUUGCUGCUUGCCUUGGAAUUACUGUUCAGGAAGCCACCCAGUUUUUGGAGAGCUUUUUGCAGAAGUACAAGAAAAUCAAAGACUUCGCGCAAGCAGCUAUUGACCAGUGUUAUCACACAGGCUAUGUGGCAUCCAUCAUGGGCAGAAGGAGGCCUCUGCCCAGGAUCCAUGCACGGGACCAGCAGCUCCGGGCACAAGCAGAACGACAGGCAGUGAACUUCAUGGUGCAAGGCUCUGCUGCAGACCUCUGUAAGAUGGCCAUGAUCCGCAUCUUCUCUGCAGUGGCCACUUCCCCCACCCUGACGGCCAGGUUGGUUGCCCAAAUUCACGAUGAGCUGCUGUUUGAAGUGGAAGACACACAGGUCCCCGAGUUCGCAGCUCUUGUCAGGGGAACCAUGGAGUCCUUGCAACAGAUUCAGGACCCGGAGCUGCAACUGCAGGUGCCCCUAAAGGUGAGCCUGAGCGCCGGCCGUUCCUGGGGACACCUGGUUCCACUGCAGGAGGCCCUGGACUCUUAGCUCAGCCUGAGUCACACCGAGUCUCCCAGCAACAGUCUGGCUGUCCAGGUCGCUGGCUGGGCACCUCCUGGGCCUGUGCAUU